AUGGGUAAUGAAUAUGAUCCAGAACCAAGGAAACAACUAAUAGCAUUGCUCAAUGCAGGUAUACCGUCUAUAAAUUGUGAGGGGGAUGAAUCAAGUGAUUUAUAUAUUAUAAAGAGUCCGUUACAUUUUAAACCGUUCAUAAGUAAACUACUACAAAAACAUUCAAGCACUAUUGUCAUACAGUAUAAGUCAAUAAAAGCAAUUUCAGAGCUAUUUCAUUCAUUUUUUCAGACAUCCCCUUCUGAAGAAGACAAUUUCUCACUAGGUCACUCGAUAACAAUAGUAGUCGAUCCAGAACAAUUGUCUGAGUUGUCUGUUGAUUCCACUAAAUUAAUACAAAUAUUAAGAAUAAUCAGCUUAAAGCAUGGAUGUUCCAUUAUUUCCAUCAAAAAUUUAAAUAAUGUCACGGAUAUUAAGAAUAUCGAUAAACUAAUUAAAUUGGAAAAGCAAGAUGUCAAACCUAAUUUUGAAGAUUUAUCAAUAAAUGAAGAUGAUUUAUUACUUUAUAUUCCUAGUACUUGGGAUUCUUGGAAUAAAAUUAUUCUUCAUGGUAAUUCAACAAUUUUGGGUGAUGAUGAAAAUAAUGAUGGAAUCAUACGAAACGAACAAGAUCUACGCAAUAUAGAUGAGAAAUAUGAAGAUUAUUUAACUAAUGAUGACCCAAAUAAAGAUUGGUUGAGCUAA